AAACUCAGUUACGUUCUCAUUGAGCUCUUCGAGUUUCUUAAAAAAUGCUGCACUUCAUUGUUGUUCUUGCUACUCUUAUCAGAAGCCCGAAUUUUGAAGGGUACAAGUUACGACUAAUUGGUUCUUGGGAGUGAAUCGCGGUCUGAAUAUUCACAUCUCACAGCUCAGUUAGUUGCUUUGAUAAUACCGAAUGGAGUAGUUGCAGCGGUAUGAAAGUCUCCAGCCGGUGGUUAAAUGCCAUCUUCUUGGCUGUGCAACUGUGGCAAGCGUGCGGCCUGUCCGUGGAACAACUCUGCAACUUUUGGCCCAGAAGCGGCUACGUUGGUGACCCCAGAGAUUGCCAGAGCUGGGGCUACUGCAAAAAUAAUAAGCUUGCGGCUCGUGGACGGUGCCAUAACAAUCUGUAUUACGAUUCACAGUCUGGUAGGUGUGACAAAGCCCAUCUGGUACGAUGUGCUCCUCAGUACUGGGAGCUUUGCGCCCAGAGCCAGAGUGAAGAGUACUUUGCCGACCCGUUAGACUGCACAACGUACAAUAAAUGUGAUAACGAGGGCAAUAAUUAUGGACAGCGUUUCUGUGCCGAAGGCUUUGUGUUUAGCAACAGGCUGCAGACAUGUGUUUCAAGUGGCAACGGAUGUCCACAGGAAACUGUUUCCAUAUGUGCCUACAUGCAAAGUGGCACUACCGUUGGCGACCCACUGAACUGCGGCCUCUACCUGGAGUGCGAGGGCGGAAGAGGCAUUAGACGGGCCUGCACAGGUGCCCGUUAUUACAACUAUAAGAGAGACCGGUGCCAGCCAACUCAGCCAAAAUAUUGUCCGCCUGAUGGAAGCAGCUAUAAGCCCGUCAAGUAUCCGCCUCCGUCCGUGCACGUCUCUGUGUGUGCCAGCUUCUACCCAGAUAACGAUUCCGGAGUUGUACUCAUUUCUGAUGCAGAGACUUGCCACGGCUACUACGAGUGCAACUCGAAACACUUUGUUGGCAAAUGGCGCAGUUGUCCACAUGGCACACAUUUCCAGUGGUGGAGUCAAAGGUGUGUAAGACCCGAGUCUUAUAGCUGCCCCUACGAUCGCUGUGGCAAUCUGAACGCGACCUUUGUCGCCGCAAUAAACACAGGCUGCUCCGAAUAUAUUCAGUGUAAUAAUCAGAUAUCCCAUAAUAUUAUCAAGUGCUCGGAAGCAUAUCCAUACUUUGAUGAAAGAAGAAGUGUCUGCAGCAAGGAUUUUCCAAAUUAUACUGUAUGCUAUAUGGAAGAUUAA